CUCUUCUUGUACCUCUAGUGAUAUUGAUACGAUUUUAAAUGACGAGUUUGAAGGUCUAAGUAUCUCAUCCACAUUGCACACAAGAAGUUUAUCUUCCAAUCCUUCCUCUUUCCUAAGGGCUCAGAACUUUUCCCUUGAGAAGGCAGGCAGCUCUGAAAUGCCUGGGGAGGAAACAGCCUACAAAAGCCUGUGAGCCUGGGACUAACUACUGCUUCUGUUUCCAGUGGGAGCACCAAGGUGGAAAGCUGAAAGAUGGUGCUAGAUCUCCUGGAAUGCUUUCCUCCCCUCUUAUUGCUGCUGGGAUUAUGGGGACCAGUGUAUUCACUUUAUGCUUUGCCUAAGAAUCUCACCAAGGCUCAGAGGUUUGAAAUUCAGCAUAUACAACCAAGCCCACCCCAAUGCAACAAGGCAAUGCAUGGUGUCAAUAAUUAUACUCAGCACUGUAAGCCUCAAAACACCUUUCUGCAUGACUCCUUCCAGAAUGUGGCUGUUGCCUGUGAGCUGCCCAAGACUGUCUGCAAGAAUGGCCGGAACAAUUGCCACCAGAGCCCAAAGCCUGUUAACCUCACUAACUGCAAUCUCACUGCAGGGAAAUAUCCUAAAUGCCACUACAAAGAUGCUGUCCAGUACAAGUUCUUCAUUAUUGCCUGUGACCCCCCUCAGAAGAGAGGCCCUCCCUCUCAUUUGGUUUCUGUACACUUAGAUAAGAUUGUUUAAAGUUUUUACCAUUUUGCCUCUCA